AUGUCCGUGUUCUCGGAGCCUGCUUUGGAGAAGAAAUUAUCAGAACUGAGUAACUCCCAGCAGAGCGUGCAGACCCUUUCACUGUGGCUCAUCCACCACAGAAAACACUCCAAAACCAUCGUCAAAGUCUGGUAUAACGAACUGAAGAAAGGUAAGGAGAGUGAACAAUACCAGUCUUUGUGUUGCUAUGAUUCUUCCUGUCCUAAAAUUAUAUUUACCGUGUUUUUAUCUAUCCUGUCCAGUGAAGGAGACGAGAGCUGUCAGAAACAGUUAGGUAGAGUUCUGUCCAUCUGGCAGGAAAGAGCUGUCUAUGAGAAUGGCAUACUGGACAAACUCUCUGAUGUCCUACAGGUAAAAAAGAAGGCCAAGAAAAGGCCUUAUGAGGAGAUUAAGGUGAACGAUGAUGACUUCGCCUCCCAAAGCUCCCCUGCUGAACCUCCACAGACUGCUGAUCUGAUCCGAGCACUACAGGAGCUUGAGAACGCAGCCUCCAGCGAUGCAGCUCUCCGCCAGAGGAUCUCUGCUCUACCCCCAGAGGUGCAGGACACCACCCUAUUGCACAAAGUUACAGAUAAAGAGUCAGGGGGGCGUCUUUCUCGGUUGGUGGAAGAGGCCUGCAUGCUUCUAGCUGACUACAGUGGGCGGCUGGCAGCAGAGAUUGAUGAUCGACGGCAACUCACACGCACUCUUGCUGUCUUUUUGCAGAGUCAGAGAGACGGCCUGGCCCAGAACGAGCAGAAACUAGAAGAAUACAAGCGCAAACUGGCCCGGGUGUCCCAGGUGGCCAUGCCCGCCUGCCCUCCUCUGGUGAUCUUUACAGCCCCUCUGAUUGAACUGGACUCUCGCCCCAUCACCACUCUCCUGGUCCUCUGGCUCACUUUACCUCAUGGGGAUGCUGCUAGCACACGACGAAUUUAAUGCCCGUAUUUAUUAAGCUAUUUAUUAUUAUCGUUAUUUUUAGCAUUUUCAAUAGGUGAGAUGAAAGAUGGUAAGCACUGUCACGAUAAUACCCGUGCCCUGGAGGACCGAGAGCGUGAAAAAAAGCUUGCCAAGAAACGCCUGUACAUUGUUUCAGCAGUGUGUCUGGUCUUCAUGGUGGGCGAGAUCUUAGGUGGGUAUUUUGCUGGAAGUCUGGCAGUGAUGACAGAUGCCGCCCACCUGCUUGUGGACCUCACCAGCUUCAUCAUCAGUUUGUGCUCGCUGUGGCUGUCGUCCAGACCUGCUACACGCACUCUCAAUUACGGCUGGCAUCGAGCAGAAAUCUUGGGUGCUCUGCUGUCUGUUUUCACCAUUUGGCUGGUGACUGGUGUGCUAGUGUAUCUAGCAGUGGAACGGCUCAUUGAUGAUGACUUCACUAUUGAGGGCACAGUCAUGCUGAUCACCUCUGGCUGUGCUGUACUGGCCAACAUCAUAAUGGCUUUCACUCUGCAUCAGUCGGAUCAUGGCCAUAGUCACGGUGGUCUGAGCGGCGGCCACGGCCACAGUCACGACCAUGGGAAGGAAAACAGCCACAGUCAUUCUAACGCUAACCAUUGUGACGUAGAGGAGAAUGGGUCUGGUAAAAGACAACAAGCUAAUGCUAGCGUCAGGGCAGCAUUCGUCCAUGUGAUUGGAGACCUUCUACAGAGUGUCAGUGUGCUUGUCAGCGCGCUCAUCAUCUUUUUUAAGCCUGAAUAUAAAAUUGCAGAUCCCAUCUGCACAUUCCUGUUUUCUCUAUUUGUCCUGGGCACCACGUUCACUAUCAUGAGGGACAUAAUUAUUGUCCUAAUGGAAGGUACGCCGGCUGGUGUGAACUAUAAUGAGGUGAGAGAACGACUGCUCAGAGUCAAAGGUGUCAAAGCUGUGCACAACCUUCACAUCUGGGCCCUGACAAUGAACCAGGCUGUGCUCUCCGCUCAUGUGGCUAUAGAUGAUACCGUAGACCCACAGGCGGUGUUGAGAGAAAUGACCCAGGCCUGUUUCACAACAUACAGUUUCCAUUCAGUAACCAUUCAGCUGGAGCAUCAGGCGGACCAGAGGGCUGAUUGCAGCCUCUGUCAAGACCCCACAAAGUGAAACAUUCAGAGACUUUACAUUAAAGAACGGCCCUGGUCCAAAGGGACAAAAGAUCAAUGAAAGAGAUCAUUGAGGAUUAUUGUGGUGUCCAUAUUUUAUAGCUGACAUCAUUUCACAAGUUUUAGUUUUUUGGACUUUGGACACCUCUGUUUCUGUUUUGUCACUAAUUUGAUUUAAAGGGACAGUCACCCAAAAAAUGAAAAUUCUGCCAUUUACUCACCUGUAUGUCCUUCCAAACCAGUACUGCUUUUUCUUCUGUGUUUUUUGUCUGCUCAUGAAAGUUGUUUGGACCCCAUUGUUCUUCUGUUGUGUUCUGUAAAAGAAAGUAAGUCAUAUAGAUUUGGAAUGGUGUGAAGGUGAGUUUAAAUAGAUGAUUUUUUUUUUGCUGGACUAACCCUUUAAGAAAAAUUUGUUGAGAUAAAUCUGCCAGGAAAAUGACUUGUUGAUAUGUGCCAAAUCUAAUUCACUGAGCCAGGUAAGAAUGUACUUUAGCAAUGAAAAUCAUUUUGAAUAGGCAUAUAAUAACAGUAUUUGUUCUGUCAUUUUACAUUUGUUCUUGUUCAUGUUUAUUUUUUGUCAUCAGCAAACAAGACUACUGUGAUGGUGUAAUAUACUGUACUUUUUGAACAUCCCUUAUUUAAAGGGAUUAUUACCACUAAUCAACAGAAUGUUGAUAUUAUUGUUGAUUUUAGGCUUUGUUUGCUUAGUUAGUCCUCUUCGCCUCUAGCGAGACAUAGGGCAAGUAGACAAGUUUGUUUGCUUACUUUCGUUCUUAUUUCUGUAACGCUGAGAGAACUUUUCAUUUCUUUGAUCACUACA